AUGCCGGUCUCUGGAAUUGCCAAAGUCAGCAAACUGGCCCCUCUGACAGUUGAUACCCUCGACCCCGAUGUGUUCAAUCCGCUCAUCCCCCGCGUGGCCCAGCAAGCAAUCACCCGGUCACCGAUCCGGCUCCCAUGGCAGGCCCGCGUCCUUCCACUGGGCAUGUUCUUCCGGUCGGCGGCCACAGCUAAUGGCGCAAACCCAUUCCCCAUGCAAUCGGCAUUCGACACGGAUUCCCUUGUCUCGGUGCCAAUAGAAUUCACGACAGAUGAUGGCAGCGGCAGCUUCAGGUCGUCCGAAGUGAUGAGCUCGUCUGCAUCAACAGACCAUCUCAGCAUUGGCGCCGGCGUCGGUGUCGACCUGCUCUUUCUCUCAGCCAGCGUCUCGGUACAAUUUGACAGGGACGUCAUGGAAAACAGGGACUCCAACAAGGCCUCAGUCACCACGAGCUACCGCGCCGGCACGGUGGCGUUUGUGCGUCCGCCAGAACUCUCGGCAGAUGCCUUUGACGUGCUGCGUCGCAAGGGCAUUGAUGGCUUCCACGCCACAUAUGGUGAUUUCUACGUCGGCGGCUACCGGAUCGGGGGUGACGCCUCGGUUCUCUUCAGCACGGAUGCGAGCUCCCGCAGCGAGACAGAAACAAAGAGGGUCAAAAUCGACGUGGAAUCGUGGUUUGGCGACUACCAUGCGGAGUCAGUAACGACUUCAUCCAGAACGGAGCGCUCGAUUGUGGUGCGCGUGAGCGCCUACUCGACGAUCGAGCAGGCUCUCAUCUCGGAGGCGAUCCAGAUGGGCACGCCCGAAUUCCAGGCGGCAUUCGAGAAAGGAAGAGGCAUCUACCAGCGCGCAUGGGGAUUGGAUGACUCUGUCACCAAGGUUCUUGAGGAAAUCGGUGUGAGCAAGGGCGAGCUGGUGACUCGGGAGCAGUGCGCGCAGUUAUGCGGGCGUGCGGUCGUUGUCGAGCUUUUGCUGGUGCCGGUGGAGUGUUUGCGUCAGGUCCAGUAUUGGACAAUUGCACUGUAA